AUGACUACUGCUCAAUUCAGAACCUUAGAAAGGGAAAGACGUUUCCAAAACCCUCCUAAGGAUAAGUCAGCCUAUCCCAUGUUAGAAGCCGCCGUGGCUCCUCAUGUUGGGUCGUUCAAUCAAUUAGUUGAAAACGAUUCCAAUGAAGGUUUGUUGAACAUGGCAGUUAAAGACAUUGGCUAUAAAACCAUGUUUGAUUCUGUUGAUACCGAUAGAUUGGGUAACAAACUCCGUAUUCGUGUAGAUGCGGUGGAAAUCACCAAACCAACCAUCCCCAACAAUGACAAAUUAUCAAUCAACCAAAAAACCUUACCUUAUGAAUGUAGAGAAAGAAUGAUAAGUUAUAAAGGAAAGCUCAGAUUAAAGGUUGCAUAUUCCGUAAAUGAUGAACCAGAAGUCACCGAGUUUAGAGAUUGUGGAUUACUCCCAGUAAUGUUAAAAUCCAACCGUUGUCAUCUUCAAAACUUAUCACCGGCCGAACUCAUUGAUCAUAGAGAAGAAAGUGAUGAAUUAGGAGGAUAUUUCAUUGUUAACGGGAUUGAAAAAUUGAUCCGUAUGUUAAUUGUACAAAGACGUAAUCAUGCCAUGGCACUUAUUAGACCCAGUUUUGGUAAUAGAGGUCCUAGUUAUUCCAAAUAUGGGAUCCAAAUUAGGUGUGUUAGACCCGAUCAAACAUCCCAAACUAAUGUUCUUCAUUAUUUAAAUGACGGAAAUGUUACUUUCCGUUUCUCCUGGAAGAAAAAUGAAUAUCUUAUCCCAGUAUCAAUGAUUUUGAAAGCUUUGAUUGAAACCAAUGAUAGAGAAAUCUUCGACGGAAUUAUUGGUGAUGAUUUAUCUAAUUCCUUCCUUACUGAUCGUUUAGAACUUUUAUUAAGAAGUUAUAAUAAAACCUAUGGUUUAUAUUCCAAACAAGAAACUUUAGCUUACUUAGGUGAUAAGUUCCGUAUAGUUUUCGAUGGUACUCCUGAUUUAAGUGAUAUAGAAAUGGGUAAAAUCGUAUUAGAAAAGAUCGUAUUGGUUCAUCUUAAUGGUACUGCCACCACAAACAUGGAUAAGUUCAAAAUGAUCCUUUUCAUGAUUAGAAAACUUUAUUCUCUUGUUAGUGGAGAUUGUUCUCCUGAUAAUCCCGAUGCUACUCAACAUCAAGAAAUCCUUCUUGGAGGUUUCCUUUAUGGAAUGAUUGUUAAAGAGAAAAUUGAAGAAUAUCUUAAUAACUUCAAACUUCAAGUACAAUCAGAUUUGACCAGAGGUCUUAAAGUUAACUUCAAUGAACGUAAAUAUAUCGCCAGAGUAUUCCAAAGAAUCAACGAGAACAUCGGUCAAAAAUUACAAUAUUUCCUUAGUACGGGGAAUUUGGUAUCUCAAUCAGGUUUGGAUUUACAACAAGUCAGUGGAUAUACUGUGGUAGCAGAAAAGAUUAAUUUCCAUAGAUUCAUUGCUCAUUUCCGUAUGGUUCAUAGAGGUAGUUUCUUCGCCGAAUUGAAAACCACCACCGUCAGAAAGUUAUUACCCGAAUCUUGGGGUUUCCUUUGUCCUGUUCAUACCCCUGAUGGUUCACCUUGUGGUUUAUUAAACCAUUUAUCCCAUAAAUGUGAAAUCACCACCAUUCCUUCCAAUGUUAGCUCCGUACCUUCAGUAUUGAGUAAACUUGGUGUCAUGUCAGCCAAUACUGUUUGUGCUGGUCCUUCAAUGUGUUGUGUCCAAUUGGAUGGUAAAAUCAUCGGUUGGACUACUCAUCAACAAGGUAAGGUUAUUGCCGAUACUUUAAGAUACUGGAAAGUUCAAGGUCAAGAGAAUUUACCCGUAGAUUUAGAAAUCGGGUACGUACCUCCUUCAAAUAAAGGUCAAUACCCAGGUCUUUAUCUUUUCGGAGGUGCUAGUAGAAUGAUUCGUCCUGUAACUUAUCUUCCAACCAGUGGUACCGAUUAUUUGGGUCCUUUCGAACAAGUUUACAUCAAUGUUGCCGUUACUCCUGAAGAAAUUGAAUCUAAUACUCAUAGUCACGUGGAAGAAUCUCCUACUAACAUCUUGAGUAUUCUUGCUAACUUAACUCCAUUCUCCGAUUUCAAUCAAUCUCCAAGAAAUAUGUACCAAUGUCAAAUGGGUAAGCAAACUAUGGGAACUCCAGGUGUUGGAUUGGUCCAUAGAUCGGAUAACAAACUUUAUCGUCUUCAAACUGGUCAAACUCCAAUUGUUAAGGCCAAUCUUUAUGAUGAUUAUGGUAUGGAUAACUUCCCUAAUGGUAUGAAUGCCGUGGUAGCUGUUAUCUCUUAUACCGGGUAUGAUAUGGAUGAUGCCAUGAUCAUUAAUAAAUCCGCUGAUGAAAGAGGUUUCGGUUAUGGUACUGUUUAUAAGGUAGAGAAAGUUGAUCUUGGAAUGGGACGUAGAAAGGGUGAAGCUCCUACUCAACAUUUCGGUUUUGGUGAUGAUGAUUGGCCAGAAGAAUGGCAAAAUACCUUGGAUACUGAUGGGUUACCAAUGAUUGGUUCUAAAGUCGAAGAAGGUGACCCAAUUGUUGCUUACUUCGAUGAUGUUGUAGGUAAAACCAAAGUCAAAACCUACCAUUCCAAUGAACCAGCAUACAUUGAAGAAGUUAAACUUCUUGCUAGUGAAGUUGGUAAUGAAGAAUGUCAACAAAUCACCAUCAAAUACCGUGUCACUAGACAACCACUCAUUGGUGAUAAGUUCAGUAGUAGACAUGGACAAAAAGGGGUUUGUUCACGUAAAUGGCCAACCACAGAUAUGCCAUUCAGUGAAACAGGUAUCCAACCUGAUGUCAUUAUUAACCCUCAUGCUUUCCCAUCUCGUAUGACCAUUGGGAUGUUCGUUGAAAGUUUGGCUGGUAAGGCCGGGGCUUUACACGGGAUUGCUCAAGAUGCUACUCCAUGGAAAUUCAAUGAAAACGAUACUCCUGCAGAUUAUUUCGGGGACCAAUUACUCCGUGCUGGUUAUAAUUACCACGGUAAUGAACCAAUGUACAGUGGUGCUACUGGAGAAGAAUUAAGAGCCGAUAUCUAUAUCGGAUGUGUUUACUACCAAAGAUUAAGACAUAUGGUUAAUGAUAAGUUCCAAGUCAGAUCUACUGGUCCAGUUAACUCUCUUACUAUGCAACCUGUUAAAGGUAGAAAGAGAUCUGGUGGUAUCAGAGUGGGAGAAAUGGAAAGAGAUGCUUUGAUUGGUCAUGGUACUGCUUUCCUUCUUCAAGAUAGAUUGUUGAAUUGUUCAGAUUACACCCAAUCAUCUAUCUGUAAACGUUGUGGUUCAUUGUUAUCUACACAAAACUCCGUGGCCAAGAUUGGUAAGUUAUCAAGCGUAAGAUGUAGAAGUUGUUCCACCAAAUUCAGUAAGACCAGUAAAUUCGUUAGUGAAUCUGAAAUCUGGGAAGAUGGUCAAGGUAAGAAAUUUGUUGGAGGUGGUGAUACUACUACAAUUGCUAUACCAUUUGUACUUAAAUAUUUAGAUUCUGAAUUGGCUGCUAUGGGUAUAAGGUUGAGGUAUAAUGUUGAGCCUAAGUAG